UUACCUGUGGUAAAUUCGCUGCUAUUUGUCUCUGGAGCGAGUCCCGUUCCUUUUCAGUUUCUAUCAAUUUUAUUUCCGUCUCUCCUAACCGUUCCUGGGUCUCCCGCAAACUGUCCAUCAAUUUGUCCCUUUCAUCUAGCAUGGAGACCAUUAACUGUUCAAAAUUCGCAUCCUCGCCGGAAAAUUGAGAACUUCUCUGGCUGAUGCUGUCCUCCGAUAUCGUCGGCAUCACGUCGCACAUCAUAUUCCACAUUUUUGAUGUUUAUUUGUUGCAAAUUGCACGCGAAAGAACAAAUGUCGAAAGGAGAACUUUCAACCCCCUAGGUUAAAUACCCGAUACUUUUUCUAGGGAAACAACGGCAGCGAACACUGAAACCGGGCCUCAUAUUCACAUAAGCACAUUGUCAUAAGUUGUUUAUUUACAAAUAUAAACAUUAUUUUCUCUUAUUUACAACGACACACCUUUAAAAUCUAUCCCCAUAUCUUCUAACUACAUACACAAGAUACAUAAAAGUUGCCCUGCUUGACAGCCAUGAAAGCAGUCCGUGUCAAACAAGCCCCAUUUCUGCUGCCGGUAAAACAGCAUCCGUAUUCCGUGUCCCUACGCUAACAGUUGGCUCUCUCAGAGACAGAUGGCAGCACCACUCAAUCAAAGAAUUUUUGUGUAUUUUUGAUAGAAAAAGUGCAGAGAGGUAAUGGAAAUUCAAUGAAAUUAGAACUGGGAUAAAUUAAUUAAUCAUAGGUAUUUUAAAGUAAAUUUAAAUAAUUCGCAUUCCUCAAAAGUUUAUUGAAAUUUGGCAUCAUUGGUUCAAUGCAGGCCGCAGGGAAAAAUCAAACAGCUGAUUUUACAAACUUUUGCUGUCAAGUAGUCUGUUUUGUUUGAACCGGUUUGUACAUGUCUGUUGUUUAUGUUUAGUUGGUGCACUGUUGAGUUGAUAAAUGAAUGUGAUAGAUAAUGUGAUGAAAUUUUUCAAAAUGUUCCCUUUGUAGUUAAAACUAUUGCAAAUGAUGUCCAGCCUUCUUGGUUUUAUAAUUUACACUCUAGCUGUGACUCUAGGAUAUACAGUUUCAAGUUCAUCAUGCCUAAAAAAUCAAGAAAAGGUUUUGUAAAGAGCUUAGGAGAUGUCACCCUCAAUGAUUAUGCUAAUUCAUCAGCGCCAAAAAACCGCAUCAAAAAGGCCUCAGAUAAUGUGAAUGUUGUUUUGAAGCAGGAAGCAGAAAAAAGCUGGGAUGAAAAAGAUGAAGAAGACUUCGAAGGUGAAUUUGUUUCCCAAGAAAACGAAGAUGGAACAUUCACUGUGGUUCUCAAAAAACUUCCAACAACACCAAAGAGGUCAUUGUCCACCAGCAAAGGACAGGGCAAAGAUUACUCAAUAGACAUUUGGUUUUUGAUAUCCGAAUAUAUUAAACCAGAGGAUGUUGGUACAUUUGCAGCAAUUUGCAGGACUUCUUUUGAAGUUGUAUGUACCGCCAAAUUUUGGUUUAAUCUCCACCGCCGAUGUUACAAGAAUGUUCCAGACUUGCCUGAACUUCUACAACCUGAAAGUCUUAUAAGAAAGUAUGGCUUGAGAAAGAACGUCAUUCGAGCCCUUUACCACAUGUACACUCCAUUUGUGAAUAGAUUAAGAUUGUUGAAGUUUGAAGAACAUCCAGAAACACUAAAAAAUUAUGGAUGCCAGUCUGUGUGGUAUGUCGAGGACAAAGAAUACAAAUAUUAUUAUUUUUUCAAGAUGAAAAAGAAUAUUUCCAAUUGUUUGUCACAUUCCAGUGGACAGUUACCAGAUUUACUGGAAGCUUUAGAUGACAUUGCUGCAAAUCCUGAUGAACAUUGUAAAGUUCUGAGGGUAACUUGUUUGCACCACCAUCAUAUUCAACCCCAAAUUAUAGGGCUCUCUCUUAAAUCUGCAUCCGUUAACCUUUCAAGGGGAAUGUGGACAACGAAAUGCCAACAUCAAAAAUUACAGCUAGUAUUUGGAACAAAAAGUUAUAUGGGUACAUCACAAAGCGGCGCUGACUGCACAUUGGUCCUAUUAGAUCCUGUGAUCAAUAUUAGAGUUUUCGACUGGUGGCACCCUCUAUAUCCUUAUAAUCGCAAUGAGUUGGGCCGAUUUUCAACCUGUGAAGAGUAGAUAAAGGGUUGGAAUAUUUUUUAUAAGAGUUUACUAGUGACUGUUUUUCUAAUUUGUUUCAUAAAAUGAAAAAAUUAUUGAGACAAAUUUGUUAAGAUUUUUCACAAAUAGCAUUUAAGAUAAAUGAUGAUAUUCAUAGUUAGCUGUUUUUUGAUUUGAUAGACAACGCAGUUGAAAUGGAUUUUUUUUUUCUGAAGUUUCUUUAGUACCUAUUCAAUCUAUCUGAGCCUGUUUACGGUUAGCUGAAGGAAGAUCAUACCAUAGCUACAGAUACUUCACAUAAGGAUUAAUUAAUACUUGAUGCAUGUGUUGUCUACUAAGAAUUAGCUGUUUGAUUUUUGCACUUUACGUCUUAUGAUUCUCUAGAUACCAUUCACAUAGAUAAAAUCUAAAAUUUAUUAAAAUUACAAAGUAAAUUCUGGCAUUGUUAUUUUUGUAAUCACUUUAUUUGUAAAUAUGUACAUUUUCAAAUAAAAAGUAUCUUAAAACAA